AUGAUUUCAAUAUAAUUUAUUUUCAAUUUAGAGAAUCUAUAAUUUUAACUGUCAAUGUAAUUAAGAAAUUGUCGAAAUAGGAAGAGUGUAGAUGAUUAGGAAUCUUAAUUAAAAAGAUGUUUAGCUACUUAAAAAUCAGUUGGAUAGAUUAAAUAAAGGAGAAGCAUUUCAAGAGAUUAUGAUAUUCAAAAAUCUCAUAUUUCAACAAACAAUAAAACCAAAAAAGUGAAUGAGAUAAUUAAACUAAAAGACAUUCUAAAAUAGAAAGAUUUUAAUAGACCUGAAAAAGAUAUUUAGAGUAAUCCUUCCCCAUAUAAAACUGAAUGUAGAACAAAUUAUUCUAGAUUUACUAAUUGCAAUUGUAAAAAUGAAAUAGCUGAGAAUGAUUUAAUGUAAAAUGAUUCAAAUAUAAAGAUUAAAAUAGGAGAUACUAGGUCAUUUAGAUAAAAUACAUUAGAUAGUUUAAAAAAAUGAUAGGUUUUUGAGUCAUCGUUCAUAAUAAGAAUUAAAAUCAAAUAGUAUUUAGAAAUAUGAAAGAAAUAGUAUAGAAGAUAAAAUUAAAUUAAAUGAACAAGAAUUUACAGAUGAUAUUUUUAGCAAUAAUAACACCUGCAAUUUAAAUUAUAUCAUUUAAUAAUAAUAGUAAUAAAUAUCAAAUCUAAAAUCUUAAUUGUUUAGUUAAGAAUAAAUGUAUAUAGAAAAACAGUAAAAAUAUGAAGAAGAUAUUAUAUAAUUGAAAAAUUAGAUUAUGUAAUUGUCAAAUGGAUUGGAGAAAAUGAAAGAACAUUUUACUUAUAAAUAAUAAAAAAAAUAAGAAAAUAACAAUCAUAUUCAAUUAAAAAAAUGA